AUGUCUGCCCCCGCCUCCAAGUUCAAGGUCGCCGACCUGUCCCUCGCUGCCUUUGGCCGCAAGGAGAUCGAGCUCGCCGAGAAUGAGAUGCCUGGUCUCAUGCAGACCCGUGCCAAGUACGCUGGCGACCAGCCUCUUAAGGGCGCCCGCAUCGCCGGUUGCCUGCACAUGACCAUCCAGACCGCCGUCCUCAUCGAGACCCUCACCUCGCUCGGUGCCGAAGUCACCUGGACCUCGUGCAACAUCUUCUCCACCCAAGACCACGCCGCCGCCGCCAUUGCCGCCUCGGGCGUCCCCGUCUUCGCCUGGAAGGGCGAGACCGAGGAGGAGUACAACUGGUGCCUCGAGCAGCAGCUCACCGCCUUCAAGGACGACAAGAAGCUCAACCUCAUCCUCGACGAUGGCGGUGACCUGACUGCCCUCGUCCACUCCAAGUACCCCGAGAUGCUCAAGGACUGCUACGGUGUCUCCGAGGAGACCACCACCGGUGUCCACCAUCUGUACAGGAUGCUCAAGGAGGGCAAGCUCCUCGUCCCCUCCAUCAACGUCAACGACUCGGUGACCAAGUCCAAGUUCGACAACCUGUACGGCUGCCGCGAGUCCCUGAUCGACGGUAUCAAGCGUGCUACCGACGUCAUGGUGGCCGGCAAGAUUGCUGUCGUCGCUGGCUUCGGUGACGUCGGCAAGGGCUGCGCCAUGGCCCUCUCCGAGAUGGGCGCCCGCGUCCUGGUCACCGAGAUUGACCCCAUCAACGCCCUCCAGGCUGCCAUGGCCGGCUACCAGGUUACCACCAUGGAGAAGGCCGCGCCCCAGGGCCAGAUCUUUGUCACCACCACUGGCUGCCGUGACAUCCUGACCGGCACACACUUUGAGGCCAUGCCCAACGACGCCAUUGUCUGCAACAUUGGUCACUUUGACAUUGAGAUUGACGUUGCCUGGCUCAAGGCCAACGCCAAGUCGGUCCAGAACAUCAAGCCCCAGGUCGACCGCUUCCUCAUGCCCUCGGGCCGCCACAUCAUCCUUCUCGCCGAAGGCCGCCUCGUCAACCUGGGCUGUGCCACCGGUCACUCCUCGUUCGUCAUGUCCUGCUCCUUCACCAACCAGGUCCUUGCCCAGAUCAUGCUGUACAAGGCCUCGGACGCGGCCUGGGGCAACAAGUACGUCGAGUUCAAGAAGGCCGGCAAGCUCGAUGUCGGCGUCUACGUCCUCCCCAAGAUCCUCGACGAGGAGGUCGCCCGUCUGCACCUGAGCCACGUCAACGCCGAGCUCAGCACCCUCAGCAAGGUCCAGGCUGAGUACCUCAGCCUCACGGUCGAGGGUCCUUUCAAGAGCGACAUCUACCGCUACUAA